GUUUUGCCUGUCGCCUGGUCUUUGGGACAGCCUCUCACACAUCAUCUCUAUAGCCGCACCAACUGGGAAACUAACUCACCUGCAAUCUCUUCAACCAAAUAACCCCCAACGUUUUGACUACUGCCAUCUGACAUGGAGACCCAGCAAAGACACGGACAGCACUCAUUUUGCCACACCUGCCGGAGAACGGAGAGCAGCAGAAUGAAGGUCAAGAAGAUGUCUUCAUCCAGUCGUGCGCUGCUGUUUGCACUGGCCCUGACGCUCUACGUUGUGGAAAUAGCCUCGGCAGAGACGCUGUGUGGGGGAGAGCUGGUGGAUGCGCUGCAGUUUGUCUGUGAAGACAGAGGCUUCUAUUUCAGUAGGCCAACCAGCAGGGGUAACAACCGGCGCACCCAGAACCGUGGGAUCGUAGAGGAGUGUUGUUUCCGUAGCUGUGACCUCAACCUGCUGGAGCAGUACUGUGCCAAACCCGCUAAGUCCGAAAGGGACGUGUCGGCCACCUCUCUACAGGUCAUACCCGUGAUGCCCGCACUAAAACAGGAAGUCCCAAGGAAGCAGCAUGUGACCGUGAAGUAUUCCAAAUACGAGAUGUGGCAGAGGAAGGCAGCCCAGCGGCUCCGGAGGGGUGUCCCCGCCAUCCUGAGGGCCAAAAAGUUUCGGAGGCAGGCGGAGAAGAUCAAAGCCCAGGAGCAGGCAAUCUUCCACAGGCCCCUGAUCAGCCUGCCCAGCAAACUGCCUCCUGUCUUGCUCGCCACGGACAACUAUGUCAAUCACAAAUGAGCCCGCUGCCAGCCCUUUGCACAGACAAGAGUUUGGAGGGAGAAAAAAAGACUAGGGGAUUAUAGCUUUGUCUCUGACGUCAUUUCUGUGGCAGUCCUCUCUGACCUCCCCUGCCCUGUCCGAGCCCACCAAUCCUUUGCUCUCACAUCCACUACUUCUUGACCCCCUGGCCCUUUUCUAAUGCCCCCCUCAACCCCACCUACCCACCCUCCUCCGGCACACAAACAUGCCUAUACAUUCUUCCUGUCUGAACUCCUUCGCUCCCUCUCUCUUUCAGUCACUGACACAAAAGGCACAAACACAAAUGAUGAACAAAAAAUUAACAAUUCGGCUGAAUGCAAUUCAGGUGGAUCCUUAAGCAAAAGAGAAAAGGGAAAGGAGAAAAGAAGAUGAAAGAGAUCGGUGGUUUGCAAGUGUCAAGAGGACACCCAGCGGAAUGUUUUUUUGUCCUUGUGGAAGACAACUGAAAGUGAAGAGCAGCUUGCAUGAAAGAAUCCAUUCCACAUCAUUUUUCCUGAGGCAAAAAGAAAAUCUCUGUCAGUUCUUUUUCUUAUUAGUUUGCACCUCUACCUAUAAAGGGACUUCCACACUGUAAGGAAUUAUUUUGUAAAAUUAGAUUCCUGUUCCAGCACCUUUUGAUCACAAACAAAAAGCAGAAAAGAGUCUGCAAAAUUGCACAUUGCCACGGAUUACGUCAAAGUAAAGAAAAAAAUGGCACUAUUUUUUUAUGAACAAUGAACGUGUAGCUUAAAAAAAUGUCAUGGUGCUAGCUUUGGGAAUGGACUCAAAGAAGAGGUUGAAAGGCACGUUUUUUUUUCUUUGAAUGAAUAUUAAAACUUUCCGUUUUAAGGAAAGUGUGACUUUAAAAAAAAGGAAAAUAAAGGAUAUGGGGGAGCUCCUGGCAGUGGCAAUGUCAAGGGGGAAGCGUCGCUGAGAAAAGAUAUGGGCUGUGUUGGCAUCUAGGCUCACAGCGAGUGCUAGCGGCUGCUCAUCACUAGCUUGCCAGCGUAAGCGGCAAGGAGGACCUGAGACCCAGUCCCUGUUCCUCCUGUCCCUCUGAGGCUCCCAGACACGGAGCAGUGUGGGGACACAUAUGGGACACCGUGAACCGCCUGGAUUGGGACAGUACUACAGUUCUGGGACAGUACAUCCUGUUUGCCAUGGCUUUGCAGACUGCUCUGACAGGAAGUAACAUGGCAUGGACAAAGAGCAAGUGGGAUAAUGAUGAUUAUAUUUUAUUUUGUCUUUUUUUCCUGUUUUCUUUUCAUAUCAAUGUUUCAGUGAAAAAAAAAGGAAAACCCCGUCAGUUUCUGGUACCGUGACAUUCCUGUUUCUACAAGUAAGGUUUUUUUGUGAUUCCAUGGUUAUUGUUAUGAUGUUAUUUUACAGUUCUAAAGAAAGGCACAAAAUUUCAAUUCAAAGGGAAAAAAACAGCAAUAAUGUCAACUAACAUUUUAUUUUUAUUGUAUAUCCGUAGUAUUCACAUGCUUUUGCCUGAAAACAAAUACUUGAAUAUAUAUAUAUACAUCUAUAUAUAUAUAUAUAUAUAUAUAUAAAUAUAGAUAUAUAAUUAGUUUCCAGGGACGUUGUGUUAUUUUCCUUUAGUCUGAGCUGUAUCUUGCGUAAUGAGCCGCCAAGCUUUUUUGUUUGUUUGUUGAAAUACAAAUAAGGGCACUGUAUAAAGGCAUUAUUUAUUUUGUUAUAAAAUAUAUUUGAAAAAUUGGUCCAAAUAAUAUACGUAGCACUGAUGCUCAACUGACAGAUUUAUUUUGUAUGAUCUCUGUUUUCCAAUUGGAGUUGUAAGGCUUUUUUUGUAGAUGCUUUGUACCAAAAAUAAUGUCUUCUUUUUCCUUUUUUUUCAUUUGCCAUAGUUAGGUUAAAUUAAUAUUCUAACAGCAGCAUAGCCUGGAUAGCUUAGGCAUGUUAUGUCACAGAAAUAGGCACAUACUCAGAAUACGUUGGUCUGCAUGGAUUUCUAGAAGCCUGUCAGGGUGAUCUGUGAAAAAGGAAAGCAUCAAUAAGUGACUUUAUUAUUGGAAAAAUAACUGUUCAACAUUGAUUGUACUCAAACCCACUAUGUUUUGAAGCCACUUUAGUAUUGAUGGCAGGGGAAUGAUCAGUCCUUCAUUAAAUCAUGUCUUUGUAAUUGUGCAUGGUGUCCUAUGAUCUUCUAAGGAGCAUCUUGCUAAUGUGCCAGUGCCACUGAUGUUGUCGCGUGUUGGUUUGGGUCAUGAGACCGUAAAUGUCCACUCAGUUUUAGCCUUAAUUGGAGUUAAUGAUGUAGCUAUGAUGCUAGUAACCAUCAAAGGUCACCUAAAGGUCAUUGUCUAUCAAGAAUGAUAGAUAGAGGAGAACAGUGAGGUGUUGAGCAAUGAUAUCAUUCCUCAACACCUCACUGUUCUCCUCUGUCUAUCUGUCCAUCUGUCUAUCUAUCCUUUGUUCUCUGUUUUAUAGAAGACAAUGCCCCUGAUCGUAUGCAUCAACAGUAUGUAUCUGUAUUUGCAUGGUGAUGGGGGGGCAGUGUUGUUAGCCUGCCAUUCACCCCUUAACAAUCUUCCAAUCAACCAUCCAUUAUGCAUUUGAUGAAGGGCUAUCACGCUGAACCGUUUCUGAAGCACUCAGGAAAAAACUGUCUACGCUCUCCAAGGGAGAAGUGGAGUAGUUGCUGAGUGUAAGUGAUAAUGUUGUUGUGGAAGGGCAGCUGACGUUGUUACCCAUACCUGGCCACAAUGAUACAGCUCUCUGUGACAAACCACUGAAGCCCAUGUCAGAAACAAGGUAAUUCUGUGCCACAUUAUAGUUUCCUCCUCUAUUGUGUCAUGCAUCACCCAUGAAAUGGAGACUUAAUGGAUACUCACCCUGCUGUGGCGAAGAGUCAAGCCAAUACUUUAUAUCUUCUUUCUGUCAGAGAGAUCUCAAUUAUCAAGGCUGCGUCCUGUCUCUAAUUAUAUUCUACUUCAGUUGUGCAACAAAGCAGGCAGUGCAAUUAUUAUUAUUAUUAUUAUUAUUAUAUUAUUAUUAUUGUUAAUAAUAAUAUUAUUAUAUUUUCUAUUUUAUUCUACAUUUUCCUGCUAGGACUGCAUUCAUUCACUAUUGUAAUGUUCAAACAGGCUACUCUAGUGUUCUUAUGAAUGGCGUGAAAGACAACCACUUCUUUUCGCUGAAUAUGAAGAGAUAUCUUGCCGAGCAAUGGCAACUUUUCUGUGUCAGUAGCUCACUCAGCCUGUGUGUAUUUUAUUGAUUUAACCUCUGCACGCUAGAACGUCCGAAAUGCACAAUUCAUGUACUUUCAUUUUUAAUAUCAAUAAAAAAACAUUUUAUCAAACAUA